GAACCGCCCUGAUCGAAGUCGAUAUGGUCCGUCCUCCCCUCCGUCUUCUUGCACACCAUGGUCCGGACAUGCGCUGUUGCUGCCGCCGCGGCCGCGGCUAGCGCAGUCGCCCAGUCGUCGACGACGUCGGCCGAGUUUCCCUUCCCCACCGAGGGACUUCCGACCUACAAUGGCACGGGGCCGACCAUGCUUCGCUUCGGCUGCCAUCAGCUCGUCAUUGACCGCAUCGACCCGCUGAUCAGCCCCGGUCAGGUCCCGUCUCACCACCAGCACCAGGUCGUGGGCGGCGACGCCUUCAACGCCUCGAUGCCUCUGUCCGACAUCAGCGCCCUGUCGGCCUGCACCACCUGCAGCUACAGCGACGAUUUCUCCAAUUACUGGACCUCCAACCUGUACUUCAAGGCCCGCAACGGCACGUACAAGCGCGUCCGCCAGAUCCCCAACAGCCCAGACUUCUUCACCAAAGACCCGUUUGUCGCUGCCACCAACGGCGGUAUAACCGUCUACUACGUGUCGCCAGGCGCGGGCCAGGUGACUUCGUUCCCGCCCGGGUUUCGUAUGUUCUUUGGCGAUGCCAUGCUGCGCUCUAUGCCCCAGAGCCCUUGGGAUUUGUCGACGCAGUCGUGCUUUCGUUGCUUCACUGGACCCAACUUUGAGGGCGACCUGCUCAGGCCUUGUCUAGACCCUGCUGUAGAUAGCAUGACCCUCCCUAACCGUCCCUGCUACGGAAUUCGUUCCAACAUUCUCUUCCCCACCUGCUGGGACGGCGAGAAGCUCGACAGCCCAGACCACAAAUCGCACGUCGCGUACCCCGUCGAGGGUCCGCACAUAUUCGACGGUAUCGACACGGCCGAGGAAUGCCCGCCCUCGCACCCAGCCAAAAUCCCGCAGAUCAUGCUUGAGAUCAUCUGGGACACAACCCCGUUCAACGACGCCAACGACUGGCCCGAGGAUGGGUCGCAGCCCUUUGUGCUGAGCACGGGCGAUCCCACGGGCUACAGCCAGCACGCGGAUUAUGUGUUUGGGUGGAGAGGCAGCGCGCUGCAAGUCGGCUUGGACGCCGGCUGCGUGGCUGCCAGCUGCCCCGGCAUGGCCGUCCAAACGCUCGAGCAGGCCGCCCAGUGCACGGUUCCCGAGCUGGUUGAUGAGAACUAUGAUGGCUGGCUUGAAAAAUUGCCGGGUGAUCCCUGGCAACCUCCUGUCACCACCGCUUCAAGCGCUGCGCCGACGUCGACAGGCAAGGGGAAGGGCAAGGGCUGUAAGCCACUAAUUUUAUAGUUGCACUGCCUGCGGCCACAAUCACGAAGUUAAGGGGAACAAGUUGAUUAAGGUUACCUAUUCAACCUUUGGCCCA